UUUUUUCGCCACUUCGUGGUAUCUCAUUUAUAUAUGACGUCAGUGGACCGAGGCACAUAUUUCGCAUACUUUUUAAGAUUAUUUGCCAACAGCAGCUAAAGUCCCACAUGCAAUUUACUACGUUUGGAUAACUGUAUUCACAAGUACCGAGCUAAUGCUAGCCAGCUACGGCGCAAGUUGACCGGCAAACUACACGUAGUUUAAAGCUUACUUUUGAUUUAUCGAGCUUUUUUUCUUUUUUCUUACGUAGAUUAAAAACGCAAACGAGGCACUGUUGCGGUUUUGCUAGCCGUGGCUGGUCGAUUUUGGGAAUGUCAUCGCCUCCAUGUGGUAUCACCAUUCAUGACGGGUUCUCGAGCUGGGAUUCUGAAGACGAGCCCAAGCUCCCCCUCAAUCAGUUCUACCCAUACAUCCGAUGUGGCCUCUGCUGCGGCUUCCUCAUUGAUGCCACCACCAUCACAGAGUGCUUACAUACAUUUUGCAAAAGUUGCAUUGUGAAGCAUUUUUUCUGCAGCAACAAGUGUCCAUCAUGCACCAUUAUAGUCCACCAAACACAACCCCUUUACAAUAUCAGGCCCGACAGACAAUUGCAGGAUAUUGUGUACAAAAUGAUCCCUUUCCUGGAGGAGUUUGAAAGAGAGCAAAUGUGUAACUUCUACAAAAAACGAGGGCUCGUGAUACCCAAAUCAGUAGUGGUCUCCAGUGCAGCUUCUUCAGGGUUGAAAAGGCAAAAGAAGGACUCCAUGCCUCAGUGCGUGCUCAACAUUCCACCUGAGCUGGAUGUGUCACUGUUGCUGCAGUUUGUAGGGGCUGAAGAUGGGAUAAGCAGCUAUAAGCCACUAGAUAGGCGCUACGUGCGUGUGUCGGGUGAUGCCACCAUUCGCCACGUGGAGCUGUUCAUCAGGAAGAAGAUGGAACUCAGCCCAACUUGCCAGGUAGAUGUGGUUUGUGGAGAUCAUCUCCUGGAUCACUAUCAGUCACUGAAAGAUGUACAAAAUUCUGCGGGAGCAGAGGCCUUGCAGGAUGGUCUGCUGGUGCUGCACUUUGGCUUGGUCCUGUCCUGUAUGUCUUGAAAGGAAGGAAUGGACUGUUUAAGGGGGUAUUGCACACUUUUUGUAAGGCAGACGUUUUUCUUGUCCAUAUGAUCACAUUUCAAAAAUUUAUCAAAAUGUUAUAAAACUGAAAAUGGACUGGAGCAAGUUACUUGGAACAACAAUAUGAUGGGAUUUCUUUGAGACUAUUUUCAGGACAUGUCUACUACUGUGCUUGCUGGACACAGCUGUUUUAUAUUUUUUAUACUUUGCAGUACAGUGCAUAGUUAGAUAAAUGUAUUUUCUCUGCCUUUUUGUAGCUGAGAUUGACAUUAGAAAUUGCAAAAGUCACUCAAGGGUAACCGCUGCCAAAGAUUUGUAAGCAUACUGUAGAUCUACACUAUCUUAAGAACAACCGCUUUGUUGUUGAUUUUUUUGAUUUUUUAUUUUUUUUUUUUUAAUCCCCCCCCCCAUCUCCCCCUCCUAAUUUAACUUUUGUAACAGAUACAUGGUCAGGCAGGUUUACAUUUUCUGUAGUCGUUGAGCUGGGGUUUUUUGUACGUUUUGUGGGAUAACAUUGCAUAAUAAAGUUUAAAUUAAGAUCUGUGAAAGAAGUCUUUUGUCAGGUUUGAUCAAAUGUUUGCUGUGUUAGUGUGAUUACUUAGAAGAUAAUAAUUACAGUACUUUUCAACUGAUGAACUUGUAUCUGUUUAUUCAUUCCUCUAUUUAUUGUCUUUCCUUGAACAUUAAACACCU